AUGAGCCCCCGGAGAGAUAGCUCAGAGGCGGCCUUAACCCGCAGCAGCAGCGUGAGGCUCCCGGCCAGCUCGGUCAAAUUAGGCCUGAAGGUGGAGCAAUACCUCUCGGCCAUACAGAGAUCAGAGUCUCUCAGGUAUGCAAACCCAUUCCACACUGAGUUCCCAGUGGUUCCCGUGGAUGUCACCAGCAAGCGCCACCUUUUCGAGAAGGAGCAGGUGGGCCAGAGCCAAGAGGACCCAGCCUCUAGCCGCAAGAACCAGGAGACACAGAGGGAGUUGGCAGCUGGCAGCAAGCCCCAGUGGAGGAAGAAGCCAGAGGCCCCGCUGGGUGCCGAGGGGGUGCUGGCGGGCAGGGCACAUGCGGGCUCCUAGAAGCCGUCUGCUGCACAGAAGACACUUGAGCCGAAAGCAAGCCUGGACCCUGAGACUCCCCGCCCCAGUAAAUGUUUCAUGUUCCAGAAGAUCUCUGUGCUGGAGGAGAGAGCUGUCUCAGGAAAGAGGGCAGUUCCAGACAAAGCCAGCGACUCAGAGAAAAGACCAGUGUCUGAGAAAGCCACCGUCUUCGAGAAGACCCCAGUCCCCGAGAUGCAGCCGGCCCCAGUCAGGGCCAUGGCCCCAGUGUGGCCCCAGGACUGGGAGCAGUCAGCCUCAGCAGAGUGCCCAUCCAGCCCCAGGAGGCAGCGGGGCACUGGGCCUGAGAAGGAGCCCGAGUCUUUGGCGGGGCCUCUGCCCCGGGCUGGCGGCCUCCCGCCUGUCACUCUGCAGGUGAGCAGCCCCAGCACGGAGGCGGAGGCCAAGUCCCCCUCGCCCACAGUGGCCUUGCCCACCUUCAGCAGCAGCCUGCAGCGCUCCAGCCCCCACGCCAUCUCCUUCAGGAUGAGCCCCCGGAGAGAUAGCUCAGAGGCGGCCUUAACCCGCAGCAGCAGCGUGAGGCUCCCGGCCAGCUCGGUCAAAUUAGGCCUGAAGGUGGAGCAAUACCUCUCGGCCAUACAGAGAUCAGAGUCUCUCAGGUAUGCAAACCCAUUCCACACUGAGUUCCCAGUGGUUCCCGUGGAUGUCACCAGCAAGCGCCACCUUUUCGAGAAGGAGCAGGUGGGCCAGAGCCAAGAGGACCCAGCCUCUAGCCGCAAGGAGAACUUGCAGCUCUCAGGGGUGGAGAAGUCACAGCUCAUCCUGUGGAUGAGCAGGGCCCAGGAGUCAGCACAGCAGGGCCCACAGAACCAGGAGACACAGAGGGAGUUGGCAGCUGGCAGCAAGCCCCAGUGGAGGAAGAAGCCAGAGGCCCCGCUGGGUGCCGAGAAGAUCUCUGUGCUGGAGGAGAGAGCUGUCUCAGGAAAGAGGGCAGUUCCAGACAAAGCCAGCGACUCAGAGAAAAGACCAGUGUCUGAGAAAGCCACCGUCUUCGAGAAGACCCCAGUCCCCGAGAUGCAGCCGGCCCCAGUCAGGGCCAUGGCCCCAGUGUGGCCCCAGGACUGGGAGCAGUCAGCCUCAGCAGAGUGCCCAUCCAGCCCCAGGAGGCAGCGGGGCACUGGGCCUGAGAAGGAGCCCGAGUCUUUGGCGGGGCCUCUGCCCCGGGCUGGCGGCCUCCCGCCUGUCACUCUGCAGGUGAGCAGCCCCAGCAUGGAGGCGGAGGCCAAGUCCCCCUCGCUGGUGGGCCAGAGCCGAGGGCCCAGCCUCCAGCCACAAGCUGCUGGCUCCUGGCUUCAGCCGGUCUUGCCCCGGAUCUACUGGUACGGGAAGGGCCACUGGGCUCAGAGGCCCCCGGGGACCGUGGAAGGACAGCCUCAGCUGAGACGGGGCCAGGUCAACAGAAGAGCAGGAACCUGGGAGGAUCUCAUUGCCCUGGUCCAGCUCUGCAGGUGGGCCAACAGCUGCUGUCAGGACGAGUCCAGCUGCCUGCUGGGCACAGGGCUGAGGAGGGAAGAGGAGGCCAUGUCGGACGUGGAAUAG